CUAUGUUCUCCUAGUGUAUUGAGUUGCACAGUAAUAAUAGCACUAUUUUAUAUAGCAAUCUUUUUUUCAUGUAGCUGCAUAAUCAUGGAUUUUGUUUGCCGCCAAGGCUUACAAAGUAGCAGUAUCAGACACAUACAGCUGUACCUGGAUCCAGCAAUACAGUUUGAGCUAUUGGCAAACAGAAAAAGAAUGCUGAUCAAAUUAGAGUGUGAGUCUGGUGCCCCAGAUAAAAAGGAAAUGGCAUUUAAAAUAGACAAUCCUCCUUUUGUAUGGUAUUCAUCAUUUGUAAUAUCCAAAGCUACUCGCUCUGGCCUCAAAAAUAGCAUGUAUUAUAAUAUAGUUUGUUCGUGUGUAUUUUAUACGUCAAAAAAUACUACAAAGAGUACCCCUCUAAUAGUCAGUAUCCACUGAAAUAGGCCUCCUUUGUACUGAUGACAGUGUGCAAUCAACUUUGAAUGCAGAUCUGAGAGGAAUGCUCAAAUCAAGUCGUCUUUAUCAUCUUAGUAGACUCGUUUUUUUUUAACAGAAGCACCUAGACCUAACUCACCUCAUUUCGGUUGGAUCAGACCUACAUUGGGUCAUUC